AUGAAAGAGAUUUUAUCAUGUGUACAUGAUGCACUGGGCCUGCUGGAAGUCUUGAGGGUAUAUUCUACUGAACCACGCUAAUUCUAUAUAAUAGGGAGGAUAAGGAUGACAGUAGAAAGUCUGAAACACCGACACCGGAAGUAGAUGAGGAUGGUUUCUGCAUUAGACCGAAGGCAGAGCCAUGGGAAAAUGAGAAGGGAUUUUAUUCUAGCUCAGAUACCGAUUCGGAGGACGAGAGGGAACGAAAGAUUCGAGUGGAAAUAAAACCACUUAGCAAUGGCGGGGCACCGAUGAGCGCCAGCGUGGACGAGCUCAGGGCGACUGUGGAGAAUCUAUCGUUAUCGCCUGCACCGACGGGACGCAGAGGAUCGAAUAACGACUCAGAUCAUCAUAUGAAAAGGUCUCAGUCAGUGUCACAGCAAUUAGGAGGUAAGCCAAGCUCGGAUUUACUUGGCCUAAACUUGUUCAAUCCUAGCAGUACACCAUCGAGCGCCUCAACGCCGACUGGUAGUCAUCCGUACGCGCCAUUGCAAAGUCCUCCGCCGUUGUCUUUGUCACCGACGCCUCAACUACAGCCGCCACAAUCCGCACCACCUACACAUCCUCACCCACGAUUCCCUGAUGGAGACUUGUUCUCGGAAGUAGGAGAUAUCACUCCGGCCUUACCUCCCAAGCAAUCCGCAUCUUCCACUCCGACAGGAUCUAUUAUCAUUCCUAGACCACCGUCCCGAAGAGGAGAAGGCCCUUCACCAAGGGGUAGAAUGUCACCGGCAACUAUAUCCAGAGCCGAUAGCGUGGCUAGCUUGGAGUUUCGUACAGCUGGCGUUGGAGUUGGGUCUUCCAGAGGCCCGUCUCCGCUCACGAUAGGACUCGCAGACACUAUUCCAUUAGCAGUUGCUUUCCAUGAAAUAGUACACUCUUAUUUCAGAGGUACUGAUGAAACGCGGUGUCAAGUGAAACUCAGCGGGGAUAUGAUGCUGUCAUUCCCCGCCGGUAUCGUCGCCGUGUUAGCUAAUAAUCCAAGCCCCGCGAAGCUUACGUUUCGCGUGCGAAACAGUAACAGAUUGGAAAAAUUGUUCCCUAAUAAUCAGCUCGUCAGCAUGGAUGCAACGCAGACAACUGUUGACUGUACAAUUUUUGAAUUCAACAUGAGUGCCUUAACUACGUUGUUACGCAAACAGGCUGAACAAAAUCCCUCAGCUUCGUAUUUUAAUGUCGAUAUACUCAAGUAUCAAAUCAAAUGCAAAGAGGGCGCGGGUUCGUGUCCUUUCCAGCUGGUUGCCUAUUGGAAAUGCGAAACGGCUCAUACCGACCUUAAGAUUGAUUAUAAAUAUAAUAGUCGUGCUAUGGCUUCGCCGAGUCCACUGUUGAAUCUCCAUGUGGCCGCGCCCAUAGACGGAGGAUUCAAGUCAUUCAAUAGUAAACCUCAGGCACAAUGGUUACCAGAGACGAAUCGGAUACUGUGGAAGUUUACGGAACUGUCACAGCACAGCGAAGGUAACGGCGUAGGUUCACUGAAAGCCCGAGUGGAACUCGCGCAUGGGCCAGGGAAUCAAGGAACCAUAUUCACACAGUUUAAUUGCGAAGGGACCACAUUAUCUGGAGUUGAGUUCGAGCUUUUAGGCCCGGGAUAUAGAUUAAGUUUAGUAAAGCGUAGAUUCGUAUCUGGUAAAACGAGAACGUCUGUCCGUGUACUUUUAGGAAAAUAUAUUUGUGAUGGAGAUUCCGACUCACGAAGUAGAUACGCUGCUCCACCAUCAAAUAUGGAUUGA